AUGGCUGCGCAAGUUGAUGAUAAGGUUAUGAUUUCUGUAGUUGAGUAUGCCCAGUUGAAAUCUACCACCCUAUCUAUGGGUGCACCUGUGAGUGUUAUUGCUACAGCAGGACCAUUUGAGAUACUCUCUCAAGUUGGACCAGUAGCCUAUAGACUAACACUAUCCCCAAAUUUAAGUCAAUUACACAACAUCUUCCACAUUUUCCGGUUAAAGAAGUACCAUCUAGAUCCCGAUCAUGUGAUGGAACCUGAUCAGAUUGAGUUAAAGGACAAUCUGUCAAUUGAGGUACGGCCAGAGCAGAUAGUGGAUCAAAAGGUCAAACAGCUGAGAAACAAGGCGAUUCUACUGAUUAAAAUGAUCUGGAAGGAUGCAAACUUCGAAGAAGCCACGAGGGAGAAGGAAGACAAGAUGAGGAGCAAGUAUCCAAAGCUCUUCACAUAA